AUGAAGUCCAAAAAUGCGCGCUUCUCUCAAAUAAGUGGCGCAGAUUCUACACGAUGGAUCAAUGCAGCAUUGACCAUCAAGAAGUCUGAUCUCAGCGAGAUCAACAUCGAUGCAACUCUGGAAAAUGACUUGCACAAGGCGAGCGAGUACAAGAACAAACGCAACGCCGCCGCUCAUGUCUCGAGUGGUGCCUUUGGUCGAGCACUAUGCUCGAACUUUGGCAGAAAGCACGCUUUGCCAAAAUGGCGAACCAUGUUCCGCUACACUUAUGAAGAUACUCCAGAGAAAUUGGCGGAGAAGGAGCUCCAAAAGCUCGCACGGGGAGAGUAG